UUGGCUGGCCACACACAAGUGCCAAGUACCUGGCCACAUGGAUACGCGUAUUGCACAUUUUUGCUACUUUUACAAUAAAUGAAUAAUUGCAAUUAGUGAAAAUUAUAGCUGCAGCAGACAAUAAACUGCAAAGCAAAAGAAACCCCACACACACACCAUAACUGAAGUGUGAACAUUGUAAAAGAAAAUUGCUGAGGCAGCAAGCGUGAUUGUGUGUGUGUUGGAAUUUGCAAGUGUGUGUGCGCCCGGAGAUCAGCCAAAAAAAGCCGACAGCAAACGCUGCGCCCAUUUUUUGUUGUUGAUUCAUUAAAUACGCUACACGCGCAUACACACACACAUUUAUAUUCAUAUAAAUAUACCAAGGCUUGUGUGUAUGUAUUUAUGUUGUUUUUUCUUCAUAUGUGUGCAUGUACGAAUGCCUGUGUGUUGGUGAGUUGGAGCAGCCAGUCCAGCAAUCUCCCCCAUAAUAAGUAACAGUGUCUCUCACACCAACACCAACAAACGUGUUCGCAGCAGCGACUGCGACAACGGCAGAAGCAGCAGAGGCGGCAGCGGCAGCAAAGAAACAGUUACCGCACUAAAGAGCGCCGCAUUCGCAGCCGGAGCGGCAAAAGCAACGUCAUAAAUUUGUCAUCGCUUUUUGGUUAUUUGCUAAUUAAGCACAGCUAAAUUUAAUAUCGAAAAAAAAAAAACAAACAAACACAUUAAAUCAAGAUGAUAUUGCUGGAAAUCAAUAAUCGCAUCAUCGAGGAAACGCUCCUGGUUAAAUACCGCAAUGCACUGGCUGGACUCAAACCAGAAUCGAUAGAUAUAUUAAUCGCAGAUUUCGACAGUGUAUUAUAUCAUAUUUCCAAUGUGAAUGGUGAUAAAACAAAAGUGCGGAUAAGCAUUUCGCUUAAGUUCUACAAACAGCUGCAGGAACAUGGAGCCGAUGAGUUGCUGAAGCGAGAAUACGGAAGUCUGUUAACUGAGACAGAAAAAGGUUACAAUGUUUCUGUACUUAUUAAUCUUGAGGAUAUACCCUCGGACUGGGAGCAGAUUGCAAAGAGAAUUGGACUGCUAAAACGCAAUUGUUUCGCCUCUGUGUUCGAGAAAUAUUUUGACUUCCAGGAACAGGGCGAAGAGACCCAAAAGCGAGCAGUCAUUAACUACCGCAACGAUGAGACACUUUAUGUGGAGGCAAAGCCUGAUCGUGUCACCGUAGUGUUCAGCACCAUUUUUAGGGACGAGGACGAUGUAAUCAUUGGCAAGGUAUUUAUGCAGGAAUUGAGGGAAGGACGACGUGCAUCGCAUACAGCGCCACAAGUGCUCUUCUCGCAUCGUGAACCACCUUUGGAACUGGCUAAUAGCGAUGCCCGGGUGGGCGAUAACAUUGGAUAUGUUACAUUCGUGCUAUUCCCUCGACAUACCAACAAGGAGACCCGGGAUAAUACUAUAAAUUUAAUACACAUGUUCCGAGACUAUUUGCAUUAUCACAUUAAGUGUUCAAAGGCGUAUAUUCAUUCCCGCAUGCGCGCAAAAACUUCAGACUUCCUCAAGGUGCUAAACCGUGCAAGGCCCGAAUCGAAGAGUACGGAAAAGAAGACUAUCACGGGGAGAACAUUCAUACGCAAAGAAUGAUGCGCUCAGUAUAAUUAGUUGUUUUUAUAUAUAAAUAUAAAAAUAAAAAAAAAAAAAGUGUAUUAAAAAACAAAAAGAAUUGAGAUAAACAGCAGAAUUUUUGGCAAAUGAAAGCAAAUGUUUCCAAAACUAAAUGGUGAAAAUAAGCCCAAACAGUAAACAGAAAUUAAAAGAAAGUAUUCCAAGAGAGCUAACUCUAAGCCGAAGCAAGUUAAUGAACAAUAAAACAAAACAAAUAUAAUAGUUAUGCGUUAAAUAA